CGGCCCGGUCCGUCACAGAAGUGUAGACAUACCCUCAGAGAUCAUGUCUGACAGGGCAAGAGGCCUGUUGGCAGCGGCUAUUCGACGGUCUCAGAACAAAACCAAAAGUGAAACAAGAGAACAAACAAACAGGAAAAAGGUUGGCAGCAAACGCAGCAGAGAACUCAGGACAGACACCGUGGUCUGCAGCCUGGGAUUGUGGGGCCGACGUGCCCCCUAAAUUCUCUCCAGUCUGGCCUGGCACUCACAGAUCCUGCCCCGCGACUCCCUCCCCGAGAUUGAGGUGGAGGGAGAGUAUUUGAGAAGGGGAGGGCAGAGGCUCUGGUCGUUCUCUAUGCAGCUGGGAGGGGCCGACGGGACUCACUCGCAAAGCCCCAGGCAGGAAGACUGCAAAGAACCAGACCCAGGUGCAGUUCCUAGUGCCUAGCAAGGCAGUGACAUGCCGGUGUCUCGUGGAUCUGUGGCCUGGCCGGUGCUCCUGGGCUGCAUGUGGCUCUGGGCAGGGCCGGCGCUGGCCGAAGUGGGGACGUUCGAUAAGUGCCGAGAGUAUUUCUACAAAGAAACCAGUCCCAAUGGCUUUGUUACGAAUGUCACAGCCGAUAUCUGCCAGCGGUACCGGAACCGGUACCACUACGCCAGCCUCUACGACAAGGCCAACCGCAUCCCGCUCUGGUCGGCCUACACCCUGAACCCCAACCAGUGCUCACAGCAACCCAAAAGGCGCAGCAAGUGGUUCGUGGAGCCCCAGCUGUCAGAUCAGAACAAGUCCCCAGACAUGACGACAGAGGCUGAGUCUACACUGAGCAAGGACGAGCUGAGAUCCAGCCAGGCCGUCAACGAGGACUACGAGGACACGUCCUACGACCGGGGACACCUGAACCCCAACGCCUUCCAGUGUAAUGACAGCCGCACGGCCACCUUCACCCUCACCAAUGCUGCCCCCAUGGACCCCUGCUUCAACCGCAUCCACUGGUCCCAGCUGGAGAAAACCCUCAAGGCCCAGCUAACUGAGAGCUGCAUGUCGGGCAUCCUGUACCUAGUGACGGGAACGGUGCCCAAUGGCAAUGUGAGAAUCCCAAUGCAGAGCGAGGACGAGGAAGGGGACCGUAGCCGGCCCUUCAACCGGGUCUCGGUGCCCAGCCACAUCUGGACGGCUGUGUGCUGCGAUCACUGGGACAGCCGCCGAAAAUUCUCCUUGGCCUUCCUAGCCGAGAACCGGGAGGAGUCCAAACUUCGAAUCAUGUCUGUGAAGGAGCUAAACGCAGAGCUAACCCGUCUGUACGUCCAGUCAGUCAAGGUCUUUGCAGACGACUGUGGCUCCGAGAACGAUAAAGUCAAAAAGGUUGUAACCGCAGUGAGGUCCACUUUGUACAACACUUUUCAGAUCCUCUUGUCCGACCGUUACUCCCAGCUCCUCCCGGGACGCGCUAACUCGUGUGAGAAAAGCCAACUAGACGCGGAGACCUCCCAGGUGAUGUGCAGCCAGAACUUGGAUCAGAACAGCUUGGAGCUGACAAACGUCCGGUUCACGGCGGGUUUUCCCGACUUGUCCGAAUGGCAGAAAAGGUUUACGAAUUUGUACAACCAAGACAACCUGGCCUGCGUCCUGACCCCUGCUGCUGCUGCUGAAGUAGCAAAGGAUUCUGGGAUUUCGGACAGAGAGUGCACCCUCCAGGAGCAGAAGCACCUGCCGGACUCCCGUGUCACCGCCCAGGGGUGGAGCUGUGUGGGGGCGCCCUGUGGGAAACACGGAUACGCCUACAGCUGGUGUUACACGUCUCACAACAACGACUGGGAUUACUGCUGCACAAGCAAGUGCUUGGUGAAUCGAUGGUCAGGGCGGUACGAGUGCUCACGAGGAGACGGAUCCACCACUUCCUGCUCCCCCCAGUACUCCGCUGUGACUGUCUCCAGGACGCCCUGCCGGGCCGACCAUCCCUGUGGCCUUUAUGGGAAAGGUUACUACUGGUGCUACACAGAUUACAAACAGAACUGGGAGUAUUGCUGCUCCCCCCAGCACUACUGCGGGUAUCACACCUACAGCUACCAGUGGUGUUACACCGAGGAUGCAGAGGGGGCCUGGGAGCGCUGCACCCCAUAG